AUGCUGACACGUUGCAAGAAUCUGCAGUCGAGAGAACAACACACGCUACUAGGACGAACACCUCAAUACCUUUACCGCAUUCAUCUGCGCACGCGGAGACGGCAAUGGUCCGCACAACGUCAUCGACCUUUUCAGGACAACAGACAGUAUCGGCCAGCAAGUCUGGGUGUGGUGAGCACGACGGUGCGCAUCAGGAAGACGAAGAAGUAG